AAACACUAAUUUUACCCUUUUAUAAAUGAAAAGUCUAGAAACACUUUUUUUACAUUUGGCAAGAGCACUAAACCAAAACGUUGGGACAAUAAGGAUAUACUAGUACUUUUCUGGUGACAACGUUGGUACAAAUUCAGUACUAGUCUUUUUCACUUGUACGAAGAACCCAACAAUCCACCGCUUUCUCUUUUGCUUCCUUUCCAGUUCCCACUUCUGGAAUUGAACCAAACAAAGGUAUAAGCCUUAAAUGAAGUAACUUAAGUAUGGAUAUUGGAUAAGAUCCAUCUGCUGUAAAAACGUGCAGAAAAUCGAAUCGAUCAAACUCCCUCCAUGCCAUAGCUUUAGCGCCCUUUGCCUUUCUUGACUCUUAUUUCCGUGUUACACACUCUAGUUUUCUACUACUCAUAGUAACUACCAUUCUCGAUUUCAUAUCCACUUCCAUUGUACUCCAUAUAAUUAUCACUACAAUUGUAUAAUAGAGAUAAUAGUCAUAUGUAAAUCUUUUGAUUGAGGUUCAUCUUUUGAAGGGCAUAUGGCUUCUGUGAUUAGUCAAAUGGUUGCUCCCCCAGUUAACAGUGGCUAUAAGCCGUGGGAAGAUCCUUCCUUUUUCAGAUGGAGAAAGCGAAAUGCUCAUGUCCCACUUCUAUCCCAUGAAUCUGUUGAAGGAUCCCUCAAGUACUGGAGUGAGCGCAACAAAGUGGACGCUCUUGUGGCAGAUUCAGCGGUUUGGGAUGAUGAUGCUGUUCUUGAGGCCCUUGAUUGUGCUGCUCGGUGGGUUGAAGGUUUGCCUUUUGUCAGGUCUUUGUCUGGCUAUUGGAAUUUCUACCUGGCUCCUGGUCCUCUAAGCGUUCCUCCAAAUUUUUAUGAUAAAACCUUUGAAGACUCUGGAUGGAACAAAAUUCCAGUUCCUUCUAAUUGGCAGUGUCAUGGAUAUGAUAAGCCCAUUUAUACCAACACUACAUACCCAUUUCAUUUUGAUCCUCCCAAAGUUCCUGAUGAGAAUCCCACUGGUUGCUACAGGACUACGUUCUCCCUUCCUAAAGAAUGGGAAGGGCGUAAGAUAUUUCUACACUUUGAAGGUGUGGACUCAGCUUUCUAUACGUGGGUAAAUGGGGUUUGUGUUGGAUAUAGCCAGGAUAGUAGAUUGCCCGCUGAAUUUGAGAUAACCAGUUUUUGUCAACCAUGUGGAUCUGAUAACUGCAACUAUCUUGCUGUUCAAGUAAUGCGGUGGAGCGAUGGUACGUACCUUGAAGAUCAAGAUCACUGGUGGCUGUCUGGCAUUCACCGUGAUGUUCUUCUUCUAGCAAAGCCAAAGAUAUUUAUUGCCGAUUAUUUUUUUAAAUCAAAUUUGGCACAAGAUUUUUCUUAUGCAGAUAUAGAGGUUGAAGUGGAAAUUGAUAACUCAUAUGACGAUCUAACUCUAUCCGACUUCACCGUCGAAGCUUCAAUAUACGAAAAUGGAGGAGUCAAUGAUCAUCUUUCUGUAGAUGCUACUCAUUUGAAAUUUACUUUUAAAAGUGAUCAUUAUUUGGGAUUUAAAGGGUAUUCACUUGUGGGGAUGUUACAUUCACCUAGACUCUGGUCUGCAGAGCAGCCCAAUCUUUAUACACUUGUUAUCACUAUUAAAGAUGCUUCAGGACAUGUGGUUGAUUGUGAAUCUUGUCAAGUUGGUAUUCGACAAAUAUCUAAAGCCCCAAAACAGCUUCUUGUUAAUGGGCAGCCAGUAAUUUUAAGAGGCGUAAACCGGCAUGAACACCAUCCAAGAGUUGGAAAGACUAACUUAGAAUCCUGCAUGGUUAAGGAUUUGGUUUUGAUGAAACAGAACAAUAUAAAUGCGGUUAGAAACAGCCACUAUCCUCAACAUGCACGAUGGUAUGAGCUGUGUGAUCUGUUUGGCGUGUACAUGAUUGAUGAAGCCAAUAUUGAGACACAUGGCUAUAUGGAUCAGCCAAGACAUAAGCACCCGGUUCUCCAAUCAUCUUGGACUGCGUCUAUGAUGGAUCGUGUUGUGGGCAUGGUUGAGAGGGACAAGAAUCAUGCAUGCGUUAUAUUCUGGUCCCUUGGGAACGAGUCAAGCUAUGGCCCUAAUCAUGCUGCAAUGGCUGGAUGGGUACGAGAAAAGGAUCCAUCAAGACUUGUACACUAUGAAGGUGGUGGGUCUAGGACUUCAUCCACAGAUAUCGUAUGCCCAAUGUAUGCACGUGUCUCGAGUAUAGUCCAGAUAGCCAAUGAUCCAACUGAGCUCCGCCCAGUAAUACUAUGCGAAUAUUCACAUGCAAUGGGUAACAGCAAUGGGAAUCUCCAUGAAUACUGGGAAGCUAUUGAUACUACAUUUGGUCUUCAAGGAGGUUUUAUUUGGGAAUGGGUUGAUCAGGCAAUGUUGAAGGAAGGUUCUAAUGGAAGUAAGCAUUGGGCAUAUGGAGGUGAUUUUGGGGAUAUACCCAAUGAUUCAAACUUCUGCUUAAAUGGCAUUGUCUUUCCAGACCGAACUCCUCACCCUGCAUUAUAUGAGGUUAAGUUCGUAUACCAGCCUAUAAAGGUCUUAUUUGAUAAUAAUAAUGGCAAUAUUGAGAUAAAAAAUGCCAAUUUUUUUAUUACAACCGAAGACUUGGAGUUUCAUUGGUUACUUCAUGGGGAUGGUUGCGAGCUAGGGUCAGGUACCCUUGGUGUUCUCACCAUAGAGCCUCAAGCUACUCAUAGAAUCCAAUGGGAGUGCGGACCAUGGUAUUCAUUGUGGUCUUCAUCCACAGUUUCUGAUUUUUUUUUGACAAUUAUUGCAAAGUUAUUGCACUCGAAACGUUGGGCUAAUGGCGGUCACCUUAUUUCUUCAACACAAUUAUUCUUACCAGCCAAACCGGAAUCCAUUCCUGAUACCAUUAAAAACUCAAAAGCUGCUGUAUUUGUGGAUAAUCAUGAUGAUAUGAUAAAGCUUGGCCAUGGUUGCUCAUGGGAGAUUAUAUUCAACAAAAAAAUGGGUACAAUUGAAUGCUGGAAGAUCGGGGAGAUUUUGGUUAUGCAUAAAGGAAUCCUUCCAUGCUUUUGGAGAGCGCCCACUGAUAAUGAUAAAGGAGGAGAACAGAACAGUUAUUUGGCAAGGUGGAAGGCGGCAAAUCUUCAAGAUCUGAAAUUUCUCGUUGAUAAUUUCACAGUUGAAAGUGAAACCGGACACGUGGUGAAAAUUAGAAUCGCAUACACUGGCAUUCCAACCAAUGAUUCAAAUGCUCUUUCUGCAUCAAGUCCUUCAUUUAGGGUUCACAUGCUGUACUCAAUAUAUGGUUCUGGAGAUGUUAUUCUGGAAUGCAACGUAGAGCCAAGGUCUGAUCUUCCACCUCUGCCACGCGUCGGGAUUGAGUUCCAAUUGGAGAAAUCUUUAGACCAGAUUACCUGGUACGGAUGUGGACCGUUUGAAUGUUACCCAGACCGGAAAGCUGCUGCCCAUGUGGGGAUUUAUGAACAAAAAGUUGGAGAUAUGCAUGUCCCUUAUAUUGUUCCUGGUGAAUGUUCCGGCAGGUCGGAUGUUAGAUGGGUAACCUUUCAAGGCAAGGAUGGUGUUGGGAUCUAUGCUUCAGUUUAUGAGGGGUGUCCUCCUAUGCAGAUGAGUGCUAGUUACUACACCACAUCUGAACUUGACCGUGCUACUCGUCACGAGGAUCUUGUUGAAAGUGAUAGUAUUGAGGUGCACCUGGACCACAAGCACAUGGGAUUGGGAGGGGAUGAUAGUUGGUCACCUUGUGUUCAUGAUCAGUAUCUUCUUCCUCCUG